AUGUUCUCGAAGAUCGACCUGGUCAGUGCCUUCGUCACGGAGGACGUUUCGAAUACGGCCGUCAUCACUUCCUUUGACUUCCUGUGCAUGCUGUUUGGAGUCCUCAACGCCUCCCAGACCUUCCAGAGGUUCGUAAACAGAGUGCUUCGCAGACUACCGUUUACGCCUAUAUUGACGACCCUUUAGUAGCCAAUUACACCGACGAAGAAUACAUGGAGCAUCUUGCAACUUUGUUUGAAUGUCUUCAACAAUUUAGCGUUGUUUUCGACCCAUUCAAAUGCGUCUUCGGUGUGUCCUCUCUUGAAUCCCUCGGAUUGCUUGUUGACUUCAACAGCAUCUAUCAUCUCCUACCGAAGGUUACGACCAUACAUUAUUUUUUUUAUCUGCCUCUUACAAGCGUCAGCUGCAGCGGUUUCUGGGCAUGGUGAACUUCUAUCGCCGUUUCAUCUCGAACUAUGUCGGCACCGUUCUACCACUUACGAGCCCCCUCUCGGACCCCGAAGGUUCGUUCGUGCUUUCCGCAGACCCUCUUGCUGUUUCUGACAAGGUGAGAGCUGUCCUAGCCGACACCACCCUCUUGGCGCAUUUUGCUCUUGAUGCUCUCAUCUCCCUCAUGAUUGGCGCCCCUGAUGUCACUGUCGGCGCGGUUCUCUAA